AUGUUUUAUACACUGUUUGAAAGAGCACUCAAAACUGAACAACAUACUAUAUUUGAAGAUUGGGAUGAUUGGAUAAAUUCCAUAUAUGAAAAAAAUCAAUGGAAAUCAACUAAACGAUCAUCUCCACUUAUAUGGCGUGAAUUACUUGAACGUGGUGGUCGUGGUACAUUAGUAGGUAAUCUUGAUGAUUUUCAAGAAUAUGCACAAUGUUAUUAUGGAACAAUUCUUGAUCAUUUUAUGACAAAUUCAUCAGCACUUUUUCGUUUAAUUGCUGAAGAAAAUAUUCAACAAUAUACAAAAGAUAUUGAAUUUAAAAAUCAAUAUAUUGAACAAACAUUAAAUCCAUAUUAUGUUUGUAUUAUUGGUGCACAUCAUCCAUGUGCAUAUGAAUUAUUUCCAAAUUUAUUUUCAACAGAAUUAUUUCCUAAUCGUGAUAUAUGUCUUCGAUUAACAACAAAUGAUUCAUCAAAAUUAUCAUAUUUACAAGGUAUGGCAAUGGAAAUUGAAGAUCUUGCAUGUAAACAAUUUUAUAAUAUUGAAAUUUCAUUACAAAAUAAUGAAAAAUUUUAUAAAAAUAUGGAUUUUAUUAUAAUAAUUGAUGAUUAUUUUUUUGAAGAAAAACAAAAAUAUUUUAAUACAUUAUUAAAUGAAAAAAUUAAAUUAAAUAAAACUUAUGAUGAAGCAAAUUUAUUUGAUGAUGAACGACCACCAUUUCAACCAGAAAAAAUGACAUAUGAUUUAAAAAAAGCAUUUAAUUAUUAUCAAAUACUUGCUAAUCAAAUUCAAUCAAAUAUUAAAGCAACAUGUCAAAUUCUUAUUGCUUGUUCAAAUUCAACUAUGAUUGCAACACAAGCUUUUAUAAAAACAAUAAAAUCUAUUCCAACAAAUAAUAUUCUUGGUCUUGCAAGAACAAUUGAAAAUCAAGCUAAAGCAAGAAUUGGAAAAAAACUCAAUGCUGAUAUUAAAAGUAAAGUUUUUUUUCUUUUCUCGUGUCUGACUAUGAACAGAAUCAACAUCAGCAGUGCAAUCAAUAACAUUAGGCCUAUGUUUAGUAAUGGUGUCAUUCAUAACGGAUGGCAGAAAAAAAACACGAGCGGUGGAAGGCUUGUAGCCAAAACUGAACAAGUUUGGAUAGAAAGGAAGGAGGGGUUACACACUAUACAUGAGCGGGACCAAUCGCUAUUGGUUCCGAUGCCGGUCAGAAAAAAACUGAUCCCGGUCUAGGUCCAUGUUAGGGUUCGCCCUCACGAAGAGCAACGAACGUAGUUAAAGAUGUACGUGUUCUCUUCUCUCUCUCUCUCUCUCUCUCUCUCUAUUUAUUCUUUGAGAAAACAAAUGUUUAUAUGCGCGCACAUGAAAAACGAGGACAAAAUAGAAAAAGGAUACAAAGAUUACUUAAAGGCAGUAUAUGUUAUGAGAAUACACUGUAACAGUUUCUCUACCAGUGUCGAUUCUUGUUCCGCCGAGAUCGGAACUAUCUUGCUCAAAUCUAUUCAGCAGACAUGAGUCAUAACAAUACAACAUUCGACGCAAGUCAUACACAACCAUAAAAGGUAUCGUUUCCAAGGAAAAAGUGUUGGUCCCAAUUUUGGGACCAUCAUCCCCAUAUCUAGGUCAAAUACAAACGGAAGUCCUUUGUACAUGGCUUCAUUGGCUAAAAUUUCUAGUAUCUUUAUAUAAUGUUCAUUGUUUACUUAAUAAUUAUGUGCACUUGGCAAUAAACAUAAGAUAUACCGGGUGAGACAUAAGUUUUGCAACAUUUUUUAUUUCGCAUAUAUCUUGUCGUAGGUAAAUGAUAAAAGCUUAGUUUUUUUAAAAAUAGAUGCGCCUUGAAAAGCUCUACAAGAAUAAUAUAACAAAUCCCUAUUG